UGGGUCCAAUUUAAGCACGAAUCCUUGUGACUAGCUAGCGCUUGCUUUUAUAUUUUCCUCUUACAUAAACUACCUCUAUAAAGACAUACACCAAGUAAAAGUACACAUACAUCCUGCUACACAUGUACAAACAAAUUAAACACAGAAAAAAUGAACAGAUUACAACCUGCAGUCAAGUACUCUGGGGCAAGCACGCGAUCAUCUAAGGCUGCUAUCAAUUCAUCCUUAUAUAGCGAUGAUGACUACGAUCAUGAUGACGAUAUUAUUCAAGCUGUAUAUCCAAGAGGCAUUAAUCCAAUGCUUUGUUCCACUCUCCAUAAUCAUCGCUCUAUUCUAGAUUCUUCAGAAAGCGAAGAUGAUCAAGGACAUGCUCAGUUGUACAAGCCUAACAAGCAUCAACCGUGUCCUAAGAAGGAUAUUUCAUCACUUCUAAGAAUGAUGUUGAUCAACCUCAAUCAACGUGUUGAUGUUUGUGCCGGUGCAGCUGGUGGUGGUCUUACUCAAUUUACUAUCAACCAUAAUCGUCGAUCUGUUCCUGACUAUUCAGACAGCACUGAUGAUGAAGGGCUGCCUCAUAACCACAACAGGCAGGAUUAUAUUAUAUUUCAUUUUAGCCACCCACAUGCCUUGAACAAGUACAACAUUUCUUCCGUAACCAACUGCAAGGUCUGCGGGCUGCAGCUAGUUGGCUCGGCAUAUGGUUGCCAAAGUUGUCAAUUUUAUCUACACACAUCGUGCUUCGAUCUUCCAGACAAGAUCCAGCACCAUGCCCACACUGCACACCCUCUGACACUUCGCUACCCUUCCUACUACAAGCACUGUGGUAAGACGUGUGACGCUUGUUAUGAGGACAUACGACGAAGUUUUCUCUACUGCUGUGACCUCUGCAAUUUUGACCUUCAUGUCACUUGUGCCACGCUAUACAGCAUCGUGAAGAGAACUGAUACAUCGAGGGACACUCUUCGACUUUACUACACCUUCCCUGUUGGUGAUGGUACUAUUAUUGCGCGAUGCAACAAGAAGGUGCCUAAGGAUGGCUGGGUGUAUUAUAGCAAGGAUACUGGACAUAUUGCACAUAUCAAGUGUGUUAAGGAUGCUAAAGUUGGUCCUUCUUGGAUUAAGGAGAGACUUAAUAUGCUUAAAAUUAAGUAAAUGAAAGUAUAUACAAUGCGAAACGAACAUAUAUAUAUGUGUGUCUCUCUGGCUGAUCAAGUGCUUGAAAAUAUAAUUAUGUAUGUAUAGGGGUUAAUAUGCAUGUCUGCAAAAUUGUUAAUCCUGCUGUAUUAUUUUAGUUAAAAUAAGUUUUCUAGAC